AUGGUAUUCCUGUACCUUUUUUUCUGAUUUUCACCGGACUAGGUCAUAUUUUACUCUUCAAAAAGAGUAUCUGAAUCAGCUAGACGGUAUUUUUAACCAUAUUCUCAAGUCUUCUAUUUGAUUAUCUGAAUUAAGGGGAUUUUUUUGAAUUUUUGAAAAAAAUAUUUUUUUAAAUCUACAUCUAAUUUUUCAAGGAAAGCUAAUACUAACUGCGAACGUUUGGAUCAUAAAAGCUUGCAAAAUAUUUAAAGGAACAGAGCUGGGUUUUAAAAAGGUCUUGAAGCGAAGAGUCGUUUUCAGCGUCUUUUACAGUCUUCCAAUACUUUUGCGCCUUUAAAUCGGCCUUUUAAAAGUAAUUUCAAAAAUUACGCGUGGUUCAUGUGAAAUAAUGUUACGAAACCCGCAAAAUUGGAAUUUAUUAUAGUUGGAUCCUACCACGAAACAGCGACUUUUACGAGCUAAACUCCAAUUUUUCAAAUUUUGAUCAUUUUUUCACCGAAGUUUUGAAUUCGCGCGUAAAAAUUCAACAUAUCACUACAGAUAUCGUUGUAGGACCCAAUCUGUUUGAAAACUCCCGAAAUUCGAAUUUCGCGAAAUCUUUUUGAACGAAUAACGCGGCAAUUUCAAAUUUCGAACCCGGUUUAAUUUUUUUGCAGUUUAACUUUAAAAUUUCACUAAAAACUUCAUCUUUUUUCGGUUUUUAUAUCAUUUUCCACUUCUCAGCUGGCUCUGCAAACGAACAAGUUCAACGGAGGAUGGCCGUGGACCACCGCCGAUAGUUUCCGCCACGGAAAAUCCCACAAAAAGCACCACGACAGAGACCGUAAUCCAUUCAUUCCACUCGAGACCCAUUCAAUCCUUAAAGUUCAGGUUUCAAUGGCUCUUCGAGCUUUUCGCUGAACUUUUCUCGUUUCGGACAGUCGGCCAAGAAGAAAUUCCGCGAUUCUUAUCAAGGUUUCCGAUGAAAAAGAAGAAUUUCAAGUGAAAAUGGGAAUUUUUAGAUUAUUCGUUCAAAAAGAAGAAGUACAAGGUGCAGAAUUGGCAUCCGAACAACGGGUCUUCAAGAGGAUCUGGUUGGUUUUUGAGGGAUUUUAGUUGGAAAAAAAGUAUUUUAAAGGGUAGUUUUUGAUUAAAAAUCAUGAUCCUUGAGAUAAUUGAGAUGAUAAUUAGAGAUGCAAAAAAAUUCCACAUUAUUAUCUUUUUCAUUGUUUUGAGCCUUUAAAAUUUGAGCUUAAAAAAAGUUUAGAAAAGAAUUUGAAGCUUUAGUGUAGUUUUUUUGAUAAUUUUUAAAAGCUCUAUUGCUUUUUCUAAAAAGUUUCUUUAUGAAUUUUUGAACUUCCGUGACUGUUUAAAAGCAAAUUUUUAUAACUUCAAAUGUUAUCCCGACCUUUUGAAAGAAAAAUGAAAAAAAGGUUAGGUUUUUUUAAAUUUUACAAAAACAAAGUUUUUCUUUGUGCUUUGUUAUUAUUUCAGCAGUUUCAAAACAAAAAAAUAUUUUUUUACGUAUUUUUUUAAUGGAUUUUUAAAAUUGUUAAAUUUUUUUCUCAAUGUUUUAUCAUCGAUAAAAAUCACGUUAUUAAAUUUUUCAAUUUUUUUGGUUAUUUAUUAAAAAAAUUGAAAAAUACUUGAAAGCUCUUUUUUUCCUUCUCUUGAGGACUUUUUGAAGUUGAAAUUGCCUAAUUUUUCUGAAUAUGUGGUUUUUCAUGAUUUUUUUGAGCUCUAAAGCUCAAAAAUACGAGUGUAAGGUGCGCUUCUAACAGAAAAAUGAAAAAAAUGGAGAAAGUUUUUUUUUCAUUCCCUUCAAAAUUUAUUGAAGCCACUUUGAAAUAUAUUCCGUGGAAAUUAACCUUUUUUUCAAAAAAUUACUUUUUCAGAUAGAGACAGGCCUUGGAGUUCAAACUACGAACUGAAACGGCCGAUACAAGAGCCCUCGCGAGGUUUGAAACGGGAAAAUGAUCUAAAAUUAAGAUAAUUUUUCCAGCUUUAACCGGUAGUUGUAAUGGACGACGGGAAGAAAGUCAGCCGAUAAGAAAUAAUUCAUCGAGUUCAGCCGAUUGUCAGUUUCAAUCUCCAUUUAUAAGGAUUUUAUCCCGGAAUAAAUGCCCGCGAAAUUCAAAAUGAUCUCUGACUCUCCAAAAUUUAGUUAUUUUUUUCAUUCUCUGACGGUUUUUUUGAACUUCGCGGAAUCAUUUUGAACACCAAAUUUUUUUUUUGAAUUUUUGAAAGUACAAAUUUCUUUUUUUGGGUAACGGAUCCUGUUUCAGGGCUGAAUAUAGGCAACACGUUGACGGGCCUCAAUAUGUCCUACAAGACGGAUCUCAAUUUUGCGGACACUUCCAAGAAAAUCGUCCCUCCGGUUGAACCCAUCGUUCAAGUUCAAAAAAAGCCCGAUCUCAAUGGAAACGAUGUUUCGAAAAUCGUCGAAAAAAACCUCUAGGUAGAAAUUUUUUUAUGUAGUGUUAUAAUGCCGUGUUCAAAGUGAUUCCGCGAAAUUCAAAAUAGCCGUCAGAGAAAGAGAAAGAUAACUGAAUUUUGGAGGGUCAGAGACCAUUUUGCAUUUCGCGGAAAUUACUUUGAACACGGCAUAAGGAAUACCGAGAUCUUUGAUGUAAGUAUGAAUUUUUUUAAAAAGUCUUGCGGAACAGGAAAAUGAAUUAAAAAGCGAAAAAAGGUUUUUUUUUUCGAUUUUUUUGAUGAAGUUGAGCCAAUAUAUAUAUAGGUAAAAAAAAAAUACAAAAUUUGCGAAAAAAAAAAAUCGUUCCUACUGUUGAAUUUCGAAAGUCCUCACCGUGAAAAUAUGGAAAAGAUGAUUUAUAUCAUUUUUAUAAGGUAUUUUGAAGGUAUAUAGCGAUUCUUGAUACACAAUUGAAAAUAUAGAAAUGUCUCAAGGUUUAAAAUAACAAGAAAAAAUGGGUCAAACCAGUGAAAAAAAUUGAGAUUGUUGAGCCGAAAAAGCAUAGUAUUCAGACGAUCCAACGUCAAAAAUAAAUACAAAAAGAAGCCUAAUUUCAUUUUUUUGUGAGCGCAAAUUUGGUGUAGAAUGACAAUUUGUAGAAUAAAUAUGAAGAUCGUUUCUGAGUAAUUUUUGAAAAAUCUUCAUCCUGAUUUUUUUGACUUUUUUUAUUCAUUUUAUCAGUCCUUAUUUCUCCAAAUUCUGGAAGAAGGGAUUUUUUUCCCUUCAAUUUGAAAUCCCAUUUUUUUCUUUCCGAAAAUAAUAGAAGAGUUUUUUUAAUUUAGAAAAAUUAAAAAAACUAUCAAAAUUCCCCUCUUAUUCCCUUUCCAAACGAAGAAAAAUUUGAGUAAUCUCAUGACUUUUCCGCAUUUCCCUCGAGAAAAACGCGAAAAAUAGUCAAAAUAAAGAAAAGAGGCAAUUUAUUUUGUUUUUGACUCCUCUCUGAGAAAACCCCUCGAGUGACCCCUUGCCUGGAAGCAAAAACAACAGCCAAGAAGAAAAAUAACGAAAAAAAGAGAAAGAAAUUUCGAGGCUUUUCGUUUCGUUUUCGAAUAAAAUUAGAAAAAGUAGAUUUUGUUUAGAUUUAGUUUUUUUAAUGAUUUUUAGAUUAAGAUUUUUUUUAAAGUCUUUGAAGCCUCUCAUACCGUGUUCCAAGUGAUUUUCGCGAACGGAAAAUUAUCUCUGACUCUCCAAAUUUUAAUUGUCUUUUUCUUUCUCUGACGACGAAUUUGAACUUCGCGGAAUCAUUUUGAACGUUAACUCGAAUAAAAAACGAAAAGCUCCAAAAAAUUGUUCCAAAAUCGAAACCAGGGUUAUUUAAAGAGCACAUUAAGCUAAUUUAAAGCAAGUUCUCGAAAAUUUUCUCUUCUUGUCAUUCAAGAAUCUGCGCUUUGUCGCCUUGUAAAAUUGUUUCGCUAGACUAAAAAUGAAAUUUCUUCAGGAAAUAGAAAUAUUUUAAGGUCAAAAAAAGAGAGAAUGAAACAUUUUACCGUAUUCGAAGCUUUCUAACUCGAAAGUUUAUUUCAACUAAGGAACCAGGGUGGUUUAAAGUAUACCUACUCGAAAAUUCCAUGACUUUUCUUUUCUGUAAAUUCAAAAAUUUUACGUUUUGCCGCGUUUAAAGUUAUUUCGCGAGACUCAAAAUGAUCUCUAAUCUCUCCAAACUUUAAACUGUCUUCGUUUCUCUCUGACCGUCCUUUCUAUUAAAUUCACUUUAUUCCUGGCUUUUUUCAAACAUUCCUAGAGAAGAUAUUUGUCCAGGCUAUAAACAAGUUUUUUUUGUUUUAUCUCCGGAUCAAACAGAUUGAUCAAAACAUAUGUAGUCCGGCAACUGUUUCCCGUUUUUUGCAGCCACAGCUGCCGUCGGACCGCCGGAAAAGACGGAGAAAUCGGCGCAAAGACGUCGGCGACUCAUGUCCGAACGCGGCGACGAGAUGCUCCAGCGUUACGUCGUCCAGUCGAACGUCCUCUUCAGUUGGGCCAACCCCCGAUUGGUUCGUCAUCCUUUCCUUUUUACACUGGCUUCUAGUAGGAAACUUUCAGUUCGAACUUUCUGAAAAACUAGACUAGAAAGGUCAUUUUCCAUCUCUUUUGCGCUAAGUUUUAUCCCUUCACCUCAUUCUUAGGAACUUGGUCCCUAUAGGGGCAAUAUUAGGAGCCCUUGGAGGGUCUCCUCUAGGGACCACUCUACCUACCCUAUAGGGGCCACUAAAGCUUGCAAAAGUAGCCCCUAGAGGGGGGAAUACGAAUUCACUGACUUCUAAUAGGAAACUUUCAGUGGGAAUUUUCUGAAAAACUGGACUAGAAAGGUCUUUUUUUUCCUUCAUGAAAACCCGUUAUUUAUCUAUUUUUCGUCAGGUUUCCCCUUAUCUUCAGCGAAAAAGUAGAUUUAAUUUAUUCUUGAGCUUUUCGUAAGAAACGUCUAUAGAGGCCCUUGAAUGUUACCCUCUAUGGACCACUCUACUUACCCCUAUAGGGGCUACUAAAGCUUGCAAAAGUGGCCCCUUUAGGAGACAUUCUGGUCGUUAAUCGUUAUAAACUCUAUGCAAAAAAGCAUUACCAUGCGGAAAACUGAAUAUUUGAGCGUUUUUGAAUGGAUUUGAGGGACCCCUAUAGGGAUUUUUUUUUCCCCUAAUCCCUCUAGGGACCACUCUGAAGAUCCUGAAACUCUUGCACUAUUCUGAAAUGUCUAUAAGCGCAGUCUCAGAAACCUUGAAUUCUCCGCUCUAGUGACCACUUUACCUUCCCUAAAGGGGCCACUUUUGCAAGCAUUAGUGGCCCCUAUAGGGAGCAUACAAGUCGUCACUCUAUGAGAAGAACCAUUUUUACGGAAAACUCGAUAAAUUGGCUUUUUUUUGAAUGUAAAAAUAAUCAAGAAAGGAUUAAUCUAUCUUGUUUUAUUAAAUUAUUGCUUUUUAACUUUCAAAUCUUAACAUUAAAAAAACCCCUACAGUGACCACUCAAGCUUUAUGAGCUUCGCGGUAAGACGUUGAAACCCUAUAGGGACCAAUCUAGCGUUCACAAGAAAAGAGUUUGUAGACUUUUUUAUUGUUAAUAAUCAAGCUCCAUUUGAAAAUUAAGUACCCUCGGAAAUAUUUUUGUCUCUACGAGGAACCUUGUUUAACCUUCAGAGAGUUUUUGAGCAACUUUUUACAAAAUUCCGAGUCUUGAACUGAAAUUACUUUCCCUCUCGAGAUUGAAUAUUUUCUUUUUGAAGCUGCCCGUGGCGAAAGGAGCCGACAACUUGUCGAAUAACUGCUUCGCCAUCGCCGCCCUUCAGAUGCUCGUCAGGGUACCGGCCCUCGUCAGCUUGCUCCAAAGACAUUCUCACGGUUUUUUCUGAAAUUCUAUCCAUUUUUCAUAUUUUACCUCAAGGCCGAGAACGACAGCCGCACAAUUGUUUCGUCUGUGCGUUGCUCGUCAAUUUCCUGCAGGCCAAUGGAAGGAGGAGCAUUAACUGGUUCAGGAAGUUGCUACAUGGUUCGUUUUGAAAAAGUAAAGGAUAAAUAUUCAAAAAUCAUUUUUUUGAUGGGUGGGAUUUAUGAUUUGAUAAAUUUUGCUUCAAAUCUUUUGGAAAAAAAUACCCAUAAGUUCAGGAAGUGGCUACAUGGUUUGUUUUGAAAAGAGGGAAAUGUAGAGAUAUUAUAUUUAAAAAGAGAGAGUGAGCCGUAGAAUUUGAUAAAUUUUUGCUUCAAAAUCGCUUUUUUUUGGAAAAAAAUACCCAUAAUUUCAGGAAACGGCUACAUGGUUUGUUUUUGAAAAAAAGGGGAGGAAAAAAAUAUUGGAAAUUAAAAAACAGAAAAAAAUAGUGGGAGAGGUUAGGUUUCGAUAAAUUUUGCUUUCAAAAUUGCUUUUUUUGGGAAAAAAAGUAUCAAUUGGUUCAGGAAGUUGCUGCAUGGUUCGUUUUGAAAAAAAUAAAGAAAAAAAUAUUAAAAAAAUUAAGAGUGGGAGAGGUUAGGUUUCGAUAAAUUUUGCUUCAAAAUUGCUUUUUUCGGAAAAAAAAGUUUCGAUUGGUUCAGAAAUUUCUACAUGGUUCGUUUCAAUAAGUGGGAAGCAUUGGAAAUAUUUUUUGAAAAUGAUUAGGCUCUAGAAGUUACUUCAAAAACGCUCCUUUUUUUUCGGAAAAAGUAUGUUUCUGUUCAGAAAUUUGCUUCAUGGUUCGUUUGAGCUAAAUGAAGGGGUCAAAAUAUCCAACUCAAAAAUUGACGUAUUUUUGGAAUUUAUUUGAAGAUCGAAAAAACUAAUAGAUUUCCUAAAAAGGUUCUUAAAAGUUUUCCAAAGGCUUGUAUCAGGAAUGCACGAGACACGAUCUCGUCUCAGUCAAAAAUUGACGAUCUCGUCUAGUCUCGAGAUAUCUCAAGAUGAAAAAAAAAAAUCUUUUUUUGAGUUGAAAAUUAAAAAUGAGGCGUCAAGCGAUCAAACCCCCCGCGCAGUUUCAGAUUUCGCGUAAUAUCUCUCAAUAAAGGUAAGUUUUCGCACAUUUUUGAAUUUUGGUCGUUUGUAAGUGUUAUUUUGAAGCAAAAAUUUCGAAUUGUCUCGAUCUCGUCUCGAGAUUUUUUUUUCAAAAAUUUUUCUCUAGCUACUCUGUGAAUAUUCCUUUAUUUUUUUCUCUUCGAGACAUUUUUUUGGAACGAUUAAGCUUCUUUUUGUGAAAAAAAUUUCAUUAAUUUCAAGGUUUUCUGAAACUUUUAGCCUUUAAUCGAGAUCAAAAGCUUAUAGGGAUUAUUGAGAAUGAAAAGAGAUUUUUUUUGAGCCUUGAGGAGUUGAAUUUAUAUCUUUGAAACCUUUCAUUUUGGAAACCUCAAAUAAUUAUCUGGCUUAAAGGAAAAUGGCCCGAACUGGCGCAAAGACGACAGGAAGACGCCGUCGACGCCAUCAUGAAGUCUCUCGAGAAGAUUGAGGACACCUUGAAGACUUCUAGGUUUCAGAAUCAUCAUAAUACUCAUAAAUUUGAACUUUUCAGUCCGAAAAUCGCUGGCAGUGCUGUCCAUGACGUUUUCGGCUUCGCGAUCCGAAAUGAAGGUCAGGGAAUUUUAUUGAAAACUGAGUGGUCCCUAGAGGGGCCAUUUUGGGGGUACUUGAAGGUUAUCCUAUAGGGGUAUUAAAGCUUGGAAAAGUGACCACUCUAGGGGAUCUUUUUGACGGUCCCUACACGUCUUUUCAACAUGAAAACCUGAGCAAAAAAUAAUAGUACCCUAUAGGGGUCACUUAAAGUUUAUUAUAGGGGCGAGGAACUUGGAAAAGUGUCCACUUUAGGGGAGCUUUUUGGCGACCCCAUACACGUCCGUUUAACAUGAAAAUCUGAGCAAAAAAUAAUUAUACCCUAUAGGGAUCACUUAGCCUUUGUUUUAGGGGUUUAGCGGUCGGAUUUCAAACCACUCUAGGGACCACCUUAAUUUUACCUUUCUAGGAAUCACGACUACGACCCCUCUAGGGACCUCUCUGAAAUUUUAAAUUUUUUUGAGAAAAUUAUAGUAAAUUUUAUUUUUCAAUGAAGCUUCAUGUGGUAGUUAAAGGAGUAGAAAGCGUUUUUUAAAUAUUUUCACUCUAUUAAAUUUUUUCAGCACUUUUAAUUGAGCUUUUAUGAAUGAUGAAUGUUCUGAACGAUUUUUUAAAAAUAGAAUUACGAUUUUUAGAGGUUCUCGUACCCCUUAAGCAAACACUCAUUUAAAAAAUGAAUAAUUUUCAGUCCGCUGUGGCUCUUGCGACAAAGUGAGCGCCCAUUAUGAGACGGAAGAGGUUCUGCGGGUGCGGUUGGACCCGAAGGACACCCGCCGGACGUCCCUCGAGGACCUCGUCAAGAACUAUUUUGGCCCCUCGCCAAUGGUCGGAUAUCGGUGUUCCGAGUCCGUUUUUCUUCAUUUUUUAAUGAUGAAUUGAAAAAGCUAUUUUAUAAAGCUUGGAAAUAUAUAUUUUCUCUAAAAAAAAAUGAUAUUUAUGAGAAGGGAUAGUGAAGACUACUGGGCGCGCCGUAGCGCAACAGGUUGUGUGCCUGUCUACGGUACACAGGGUCACAAGUUCGAUCCCCGCCUCGACCCAACCAAGGAGUUUAAGAAAUGUUGGUAGUGGGAAACCAGGGCUUCAAAAUCCCCAGCCGUCACACACAAGGACGGAUAUGUCACUGGAUCAAGUCCAUUGAUUAUCAGGAUAUGACCUCGGCUAAUCGACUUGGGGCGCCGACGCCGCUCAAGCGGUACAAAGGCGUAAGAAGAAGAUAGUGAAGACUACUGUAAGCAAAGAAAUUAAGAAAUAUAGGAUUUUGAGGUUGAUUUCCUUCGAGUAGAAAAAUUGAUUCAAAAAAAACGUUUUUAAAAGUGACUUUACGGUUUCAAUGAUCUUUUUUACAUUUUCAAAUUCCCCUAUCAGCAGUUUUUCUCGCCAUAUGUAGCAGUGACCAAAAUGUUUUCCGUGAAAUUCAAAAUUAUCUCUAACUCUCCAAAAUCCCGUUAUCUUUUCCUUUCUCUGACGGCUAUUUCGGAUAAUUUCCUUUGAACGCAUCUUGAUACCGUGUUUGAAGUAAAUUCGGCGAUUUCAAAAUUGAUUUAAAAAACAAUUAAAAUCUUUCCGGAAAUACGCAAAAUUGAAAUUUCGUGAGCCUUUAGAAGUAUUGGGUCCUAUAACGAUAUAUUAUGUGACUUCUAGGCGCGAAUUUACGAUUUUCGUUGAAAAAUGCCUCAAAAUUGAAGUUUCACGCUUGAAAGUCGCGAUUUCGUUACAGGACCCAAUUUUUGCUAACGGCUCCCAAAGUUCCAAUUUUGUCAUUUCGAACGAAGAAUAAGUUAAUUUUGAAUCUUUCGAAAUAUAUUUGCUUAUUUUCUAGGGCUACGAACAUUGAAAAAAGCUUCUAAACAUUUUUUCAGGUGCAAGAAAAUUUCGAAUACGACGGUGACCAGGCCGAAACUCCUACGCGCCCCUCAAGUGUUGAUUAUUCAACUUCUGAGGUUUACCUAUACUUUUUGUGGCGGCCGGAAGAUUUCUACGCCCGUCGUUCCUAGUGUGAGUUAUCAUUUUCGAUAAAAAUUGAAGAAAACUUGGCGUAAAUUCUGAAAAAAACAUCAAAAAAUGGGUCGUGGCACGACUUUAAAAUGAGAUAGUUCCUGGUUAGUUUUGUCUUUUUUUCCAGCCCUAAUCAUUCUGAAAGCUUAAAAUUGCGAGAAUUUGAUGUCUUUUUUCGGCAGAUUUUGCUCUGAAACUCUUUUAAAUUUCGAAAAAUUUCCCGCUGAUUCCGUCUUUUUCAGUUAAACCUUGAAAUUUUGAAAAUUUUGUUUUCUUUUUUCAGCCCCCGUUUGUUCAAAAAAAAAAUCGAAAAUUUGAAUUUGAAUUUUUACUUGGUCCUUUCCUUCACCCAAGACUGUUUUAAAAGUUUAAAGCUUCGAAAAUUUUAUUUUAAUCCUUCUUUUUUCGGCCACAAUUGUUCUAAAAGGAUCGAAAAUUUGAAAUUUUUUUUUUCAAUUUCUUUUUUCAUCCACGCUUGUUCUUAAAGCUCGAAACUACCUUAAUUUUAUGUUGAUUUUGUUUUUUUUUUCAACCAAAAUCUCUCUGAAAGAUUUGAACUUUUCGCAACUUUACGCGAAUUUCGUUUUUUUUUCAACUAAGUUUGUUCAAAAAGGGUCGAAAAUUUGAAUUUUUUUUUUCCAACUUUGUCUUUUUCAAGCCACACUUGUUCUUGAAGCUCGAAAUUUCCUUAAUUUUAGGUUUUUCUGGUAUUUUUUCACCAAAACCGUUCUGAAACCUUUGAAGUUUCUGAAAUUGUAUCCUUUUUUUUCAACUAAGUUUGUUCGAAAAUACUCGAAAAUCCGAAUUUUUAUUUUCAUUUGGUCCUUUUUUUCAGCCAAGACGGUUCUGAAAGCUCGAAAUUUCCUUGCUUUUAGGUUAAUCUGAUAUUUCUUUCAACCAAAAAGGUUCAGAAAACUUUAAAGUUUCCAAAUUUUGACGUGAAUUUCGUCUUUUCUCCAGCCCCGGCUGUCCCUGGGCCGUUUUUCGAUGUUCGAAGAGGACGCGAAAUACGCCUUCGAGAGCAUGGUUCUGCACUACGGAUCUGGCCUGGAGCACGGUCAUUACGCCAAUCUGAGCAAAAGUCAUCUGAAUCCCGGAUUUUUCGAUGGCCUCGACGACGAGAGCGUCUACAAGGUUCGGUUUUUGAAACUAUUAACCUCCAAAAAAAUUUCAAAAAUUAAGCUGACUUUAACUGAUUUUUUUAAUGGUACAAGAAUUUCAGGAACUUUGAAAAAUUUAUUCGAUCGAUUUUAGGUAAUCUAGUAUCAAAUUCUGAUACGUUUGCGAUUUUUCAUUUUUUUCGGCUGAAAAAAAUUUAUUUUCACUGAAUUUUCAGAGUAUAAAAAGCUUUAAUAGACGAUGAAAAUAAAGAAAAAAAGUUUUUAGAAAUUUUUCAUAAAAGCUACCUUAUUUCAAUUAGAGGAUUCCCACGAAUUUGAAUUUUCGAGUUGAACAAAAAAAUCGAGAUAACAUUGAUUACAGUUUCAAAGGGAUCUCAAAAAGAUUGAAAUUUAAAUUAUUUGUUGAUCUCUUUGUAUUCUAUUCGUCAAAAUUCUUUCUUAUGUGCUCAAGAUGAAAAAAAAACAUUCGUAAUCGCUUUUCGCUCCGAGACCUUUAUUUAAUCUUUCUGUGCUCCUUUAAUUAACAGAGCACGGAUUUCGAAACUAGUUUUUUUCUCAAUUUGUGUGAAUUUUUUUCCAGGAAUUCGACUAUUUUCCAAAUAUUUUCAGCUUGUUCAAGUCAUUCGGGGGGUUUGAAAUUUGUCACUGGUUUUUUUCCCGAGAUACUUCUAAAAAAAUGAUCAUUUCUGAUAUUAAAAAAUGAAUUUUUUUCAAGGUAUCCCCGACGAAAUUCCCCGACUGUACGGAAGGCUACUUGUUCCUCUAUAGACGGAUCGAACACGUCGCCGCGGAUUCCAAGAGACAAUAA